UUACAGCUGUUCUUAUCAAUCAGCUGUUAUCAACGGAACUCUAUCAAGUGCACUUUACAGGCGUCGUGUGUAAAGAUAAGAAUUUGCCGAAUAUUCUUUUUCUGGACAUCUGAAGAGCACUUGAGAAGCAGCUAAGUUUGUUGCCAUACUCCAAAAUCCCCGUUAGAUCCCGCUUACGUAAUGCUGGGCAAUCUGUGCCGACUUUUUGGUGCCCGUUCCCCGAUCACCAGGCGCUUGGUGCACACGGAACGGAAAGUUCGGGUGAAUGGCUCCGAUUUGAACAUCGUGGAGAGCGGCAGUGGGGAGCGGAGUCUGCUCCUGAUGCCAGGAGCACUGGGUUCCGCCUGGACCGACUUUAGGCCUCAGAUCGAGCAGUUGCCUAAACUGCUGCCGGGACACACUAUCAUCGCCUGGGAUCCGCCGGGUUACGGCAAAUCAGUGCCGCCUCAGCGCAAGUUUGGCCUUGAAUUCUUUCGAGAGGAUGCUCAGGCAGCCGUGGAUUUGAUGCGUGCUCUGGACAGACCACGCUUCUCGAUACUGGGCUGGAGUGAUGGAGGCAUUACGGCCCUCAUAGUCGCAGGUCGCCACGCAGAGGCUGUGGAUCGCCUAGCCAUCUGGGGAGCAGGUGCCUACUUGAACGCCGACGAAGUCAAGGCCCUCAAGAACAUCCGGGAUGUAGCCAAGUGGUCGCCGCGCAUGCGCGAGCCCAUGGAGAAGGUUUACGGCGUAGAGAGAUUCCCCCAAUUGUGGGCUGAAUGGGUGGACGCCGCAUGCGCCUUCUAUGACCAACGGGAUGGAGACUUCUGUCGCGCCGAAGUUGAACAAAUAAAGAUACCUACUUUUAUACUGCACGGCAAAAAGGAUCCCAUGAUAGCGGCGGAGCACAUUCCUUGGCUGCGGGAGCGAUUGCCUCAUGCGAAUUACUACGAGUUUCCCGAGGGCAAGCACAAUAUCCAUCUACGUUAUGCGGAGGAGUUUAACAAACUGGUGGCUGACUUCUUUAACAAAAAUGACUAAAUUAACCAAUACUAUAUUUCGGCUUUUAUGGUUCCAACCCCAUUUAUUGUAUAACUAUUGGGAAUUGAAGUUGUAUAUUCGAUUAUAUGUGACAGCACUUAUCAGAAGUGGACAGGCAAGUGUUCAAAGUUCGAAUUUUAAAAGGAAACUGAUAGUUUUGAUGAAUCAAAUUCAUAUCACAGCUAAGACAAAUUGUUUAUCUAUUAAGUGAAUCAUUUUGAAAUGAAUUGAGAAAUAACCAUAUCAGCAAACUCAGCGAAAGGGAAAUAAAUGAUAAAUUAUAAA